GGAUGGUUUCUAGCAAACGAGAGUGCAAAAAUGGGAACCUUGGUUCCAUCCGGAAUAUGAAACCUCGACUGCCCUUGCAUGGAUAUCUUUUCCUUCAUUAGCUCCUAACUUUUUUGUGAAGGAGUCUCCUUUUACAAUGGCUAACGCAGUAGGGAAACCUUUACAUGUUGAUAUGGCAACAAAGAACAAGUCUAGACCUAGUUGUGCAAAGGUGAAGGUAGAGGUUGAUUUGUUAAAAGAAUUCCCUAAAAGAAUUAAUGUUGGCAUGAAAAGGUCGGGCACUGGAGAGAUCAUUGCAAAAUGGAUUGAUAUUCAAUAUGAUUACAUGCCAAAGUAUUGUAAAUCAUGUAGACUUCAAGGACACAAUUAGAAGGAAUGUUUUGUGCUUCAUCCAGAUUUAAAACUAGCAAAGGAGAGUAAGGAUGAAGAACAUGCAGAGACAAAUGUUAUUGAUGCAAAUAUGAAACAAAAUUGGCAGGUUGCAAAGGAUGCUACAUGCACAAAUCUUGUAGUGUAUAAAGGGAAGAAAGCAAUGAAUAAUGAAGUACCAGCAAAAGAUACUUGGAAUCAUGGAAAGAGGAAGAAUGAAAGGGCACUAAUAAGUUUAUCUGAUUUAGAAGUGAUCGGAAGAAACCAAGUGAAAAUAAAGUCAAAAAGAGGUCAAAUUGGAAAAAACUGCACAGUUUUGCAAAACUGUCAAAAGUGGACAGUUUUGCAAAAAACGGAACAGAUUUGCAAAAAACGGGCAGAACUGCAAAAACGAAAACCUGGGGCACAUUUUGUCACUUUUUGGACUUGGAAAAAUUGGGAAACAUAAAAGGAAGACAAGGGGGCAAAAUAUUUUCAUCUUUGGCAUAACACAUAAACUUGGAGGCUAGGGUUUCAUCACCAACACCAUUGGUGGAGAAGAUUGGAAGCACUUUAAUGAGAUAUUUCUUAAUCCUUUCUUCAAUUCCUUGUUUUGUAUUGAAUAUUUAUGUGUGUAGUAUUUCAUUUCAAUAUUUGAACCUUGUUUAUGGAAGUAUACAUUGUUUAAGUUUGGAUUGAAUCUCUUGUUUUGCUUAUGUGUUGAAUGAUUUUAUUCCUAAUGAAGUGGGUUAUUGUUUCUUUAAUUAAUCUCAUUUUGAAUGAUUCUUAAGGGAGUAGCUAACCCUAAGACUUGCCCAUUUAUUUCGAUUUAAACUUGGAAGAGGCAAACUCGGGAUUGGGAAAGAUUAAUUAACAAGAAUUUGGGGCGUUAACCCUCAUCUAAUGGAAAUCGACCUAGGAAUAGGCGACACCACUUGUAGCCAUAUUCGGGUGUUCUUAAUGCUCCUAAUUGCUUUAGGGAUAUUCAAUUAGGUAGUCUAGUUAGU